AUGGGUAAGACAGAUAGUGACUCUGUAGAGCUGACCACUCCCAGUGAGGUAAGGCAGGCAGUGCCUAUGGAAGCCCUAUGUUCACCCUCCAAAGAGAUGAAGAAGGCUGAUGACCGAGGCGCAUGGAAGGGGAGAUUUGACUUCCUGCUCUCCUGUGUUGGCUAUGCUAUUGGAUUGGGCAAUGUUUGGCGCUUCCCUUACUUGUGCGGGAAAAAUGGAGGAGGAGCCUUCCUCAUUCCUUAUUUCCUAACACUGGUGUUUGCUGGGAUCCCCCUCUUCUUUCUUGAGACAGCUCUUGGGCAGUUCACAUCCAUUGGGGGACUUGGAGUAUGGAAACUUGCGCCCAUGUUUAAAGGAGUGGGGAUGGCUGCAGUGGUUCUGUCUUUCUGGCUGAAUAUAUAUUAUAUUGUUAUCAUUGCCUGGGCUCUGUAUUAUCUAUUUAACUCCUUUUCCUCGACUCUGCCCUGGCAAAGCUGUGACAACACCUGGAACACUGAGAUAUGCUUCUCCAACUAUUCACUAAAUGAUACCACCAACCUCACUAGUGCUGUGACAGAGUUCUGGGAGAGAAACAUGCACCAAAUUACAGGAGGUCUAGGAGAGCCUGGAAAUAUACGUUGGCCUCUUGCUUGUACUCUGGCACUCUCCUGGGUCAUGGUUUACUUUUCCAUUUGGAAGGGGGUAGAGUGGACAGGAAAGGUAGUAUACUUCUCCGCCACCUACCCUUACUUCAUGCUCUUCAUCCUAUUUUUCCGGGGGAUCACUCUUCCUGGAGCAAUGGAUGGGAUACGUUUCUACAUCACGCCUGACUUCAGCAAACUGGCACAAUCAGAGGUUUGGAUGGAUGCUGCCACACAGAUUUUCUUCUCCUAUGGUCUAGGUUUGGGGUCAUUGAUCGCACUGGGAAGUUAUAAUUCUUUCCACAACAAUGUCUACAGGGAUUCCAUUAUUGUGUGUGGAAUUAACUCUUCCACCAGUAUAUUUGCUGGAGUUGUGAUAUUUUCUAUUGUUGGCUUUAUGUCACACAUCACCAAGAAACCCAUUCAGGAGCUGGCUGCAUCAGGCCCAGGGCUCGCGUUCUUGGCUUACCCACAAGCAGUCACUCAACUGCCAAUGUCUCCUGUGUGGUCCAUUCUCUUCUUUUCCAUGUUGGUUAUGCUGGGGCUGGACAGUCAGUUCUGCACUGUGGAGGGUUUUAUUACUGCAUUGGUGGAUGAAUAUCCUCAGCUAUUGCGCAGUAGGAAGAAAAUAUUCAUUGCAGCUGUUUGCUUUAUUUCAUUUGUGGUUGGAUUCUCCAAUAUCACACAGGGUGGGAUUUACGUUUUCAAGCUAUUUGAUUACUACUCUGCCAGUGGGAUGUGUCUUUUGUUCCUGGUUUUCUUUGAGACUGUGUCCAUAUCAUGGUGUUAUGGUGUUGACCGGUUUUACCAAGACAUAGAAGAGAUGAUUGGCUACCAGCCCUGCUCCUGGUGGAAACUUUGCUGGGCUUAUUUCACUCCAUUUGUUUGCUUGGGUGUUUUCAUUUUUAGUGCGGUGGAGAUGACGCCGCUCACCCUUGGGCGUUACGUUUAUCCUGCAUGGGGUCAGGGCAUUGGCUGGCUAAUGGCUCUCUCCUCUAUGGUACUUAUACCUGGCUACAUGUUGUAUCUGUUUCUCACUUCUUCAGGGACUGUGAACCAGCGUUUCCGUGACAUGACACAGCCUAAAAUGGAAAAAAUAAUGCAGAAGAAUGGAUUACGUCCUCGUUUAAGUUUGGAUAGUGGAACAAGAGAAACCCAGGGAGUGUGA